AUGGAUCGUGACGAGACGGAAUUCGUACAUGAUGACCAUAGAGUCGCGUUCGUCUUCGGGCAAGACGAGGAGACGGCCGAGCGAACAUCCCGCCCCACGAAGCGGAGGAAAGUCUCCAAGAAGAGUGCCGCGGUAGAACCCAAGCAGCGCCACCAUUCUGACUCGACCGUGGACUUUUUUCCACUCUUCAAUGGCGCCGAGAAGCCUACGCUCGUGGCCUUGAGGCAGAAGCAGUUCGCGGCGAGCUGGGCUGCUAUCAACGCCCGCAUCCAGAAUGUGCUGAGAGACUCCAACCGCACCACCCUUGUUGCCGUUUCCUCUUUUGUGCAGGAGGCGCCCGCAGAGGAGCCAGGCAAGAUCCCCACGGCGCUCAUCGUCACAGGACCCAAUGUCGCGUCACAGGAUCUACUGUUUGCGCAACUGGCCGAGAGCCUUGGCCAGGACGCCGAGGGACGGCGGUUUGUGCGGCUGCGGUCGGCGGAGGCGCCGAAUUUAAAGGCGACGCUGAAGAAGAUUAUUCGGGACGGGACGAGGACAGCUGCUGAUGAAUGGGAGGACGCCGAGAUAGAUUCAGGCAAGGAUGGCCGAAAGUAUCUCGACUAUGACUUGGAGGCUUUGUACGCACACAUUGGACACCACGAGUGCAAACAGGUUAUCGUCGCGUUCCAGGACAGUGAGGCCUUUGACACGGCUCUCUUGACUGACUUGAUUACGCUGUUCAACUCUUGGAGGGAUCGUAUCCCUUUCACCCUGAUCUUUGGCAUUGCGACAUCGGUUGAGCUUUUCGAGGCCCGACUGCUCAAGUCGACUAGCCAAUGUCUAUAUGGCGCGCAGUUCGAUGUCGUCCAGAUGUCUUCAAUCCUGGAGAGUGUCUUCAAGUGCGCAGUCGCCCAUCAAGGCUGCAGUCUGAAGCUCGGCCCUGUAUUUCUCAGUAGCCUCGUGGAGCGUCAGCACAUCCAAGUGGCUGGUAUCCAGAUAUUCAUCAGCUCGUUGAAGUACGCAUACAUGUGCCAUUUCUAUGCCAAUCCCCUCUCCAUUCUUCUGUCUAGAGCAGCUUCCCCGCAAGCAGAGCAUAACGAGGCACUCCGAAACCUCCCAUCCUUCCGCACCCAUGUCGAGGAUGCUGUGGAAGCAGGCAGGCUGAAGUACGCGAGACAUCUCCUCGAGAACGACGAGUACCUCGACCAGCAACGGACAGCAGCUCUGAAAUCUACGCUGAACUGGGAGGAUCGUUUUCUCAGAUCGUUGGCGCUGCUUGAGGCCAGUGAGGCUUCACAGGACGACUUCAUCACCAUGUACAUCAACGCACUUGCUGAAGGCAUCGACCUUCAUUCUCAGGAAUCGCCGAUCUUAGGCUCAGUUAGGCGCAUGUCAGCAACUGACAUCUCGUCAUUGCUCGGACGGCUUAUUAGCGUGAUCCAUUCCGGCAGAUCAGAGCUUGGCCUCAAGGGCUGGGCUGACGAGGACCCAGACACCAUCCGAAGCCUAUCCGGUAUGGCAGAGCGAACUGCUUUGCUCCAAGUGCAGGCCCAACGCAAAGGCAAACCACUACGAAGUCAAUACAGCGCGCAGAGCAGGGUCCUUCGGACGACCGUCAUCGCCCAGAAAGUUCAGCUGAGCCAAGAUGAGUCAAACUUGACAAAAGAGGACAAGGCCUUCACUGAGUUGGUCGACAGUGUCUCUGCGCUGCUGGCCACGACCAUCUCAUGCCAGGCAGCAGACACGGUGUUUUUACACGAGCUGUGGAUGUACGAAUCCAAGUCACCGUACAAAGACGUGUUUACCCCGCGGCUAGGCUCUCUGUUGGAGCGAGCCCUGUCGAGGCCGCAUGACUACCUGGCGUGCGCUUGUUGCAGCCACGUGGUGGAUGGAGGCAACGGCGCAAGUCUCCCGACGACGAGCAUACUAUAUCAUCUGUACCAGGAAACCGGGGCGCUUAUUAAUGUUGCCGACCUGUGGUCAGCGUUCUAUGGGCUCAUUGGCAUGGAUGAGGAUGCCGAGAGACGGCUCGAAUCGACCUCGUCAGAAUCGAAAUCACGCAGCAAUGAUGGCUAUGAUGAACGUAGCGCUCUGGUGCUCUUCUACCGCGGUCUAGCUGACCUAAAGGCGAUGGGCUUCGUCAAGGCGACUCGGCGCCGGGCAGACCAUAUUUCCAAGAACAAAUGGCUCUUGACGGGCCUGGGCCAGCGCCGGACGAGGACCAACGAGGCCCUGGACAAGAAGCUCGAGCAGAUGGCCCUCCCGCUCGCGCCGCUCGUCCAGCUCACCUCGGGCCACGUCCACCCUGCCUUUCCCUCGACGCUGCUCAACUUCUGGCUCCUGACGGACGCCCAGCUCGACGAGAUUGCGCACUUUUAUCACCAGCGCACGCCGUCCCCGUGGACGCGCCACUAUCCUUGUCCCAUCACUUGGGUGGAGGGACUGAGUCUCGAGGAGAAAAGACGCAAAAUUGGAAAAUUUAUUGGCUUGAGAGGGUGCGAGACACCAAUAAUCAUCAAGACCGAGGAGCAGAUCAUGGACGAGGCCCGCCAGGCACGGAUAAAGAAGGACGGGGACGAGGCCCUCAGGAACAAGAUGUCGUGGUAUUACUAG